AUGCGGUCCUUCCAGAGGGGCGUUAUCCUCGCUCUGUGCUGUCUCGGCAUGAUUCAUGGGUCGGUUGCCUUGACUACAGCUGCAUCUAGUGUUAGUACAUUCAUUUCCAACGUCGCCUCUACCCUGAAUGCUAAUCCAGCACAGUCGAGUCCAAUCCAAACGCCUGCCAUCAAAGAAACUUGUUUCUCCGUUCUUGUCGGUAAUGAGGAUACAUGUGACACUCUACCUGUCAAGUGUGGUAUCUCGGCAGCAUCGUUCACUGCCUUUAACCCGAAUCUUUCCUGCUCAUCUUUGCCCAAAGGAAAACCUGUAUGCUGCGACCACGGAACACCUACCUUCCCACCAAAAUCAAGAACUAGCUGGUGCUACACUCAUACUGUCCGCAACGGCGAUACCUGCGAGAAAAUUGCCGAGGGAUACAAGACCACCAAGGCCAAUAUCGAGGCUUGGAACAACAAUACCUCGGCAUGGUACGGGUGCAAUGAUCUACAGGAUGGUGGGCAGGUUUGUGUUAGCAAAGGUGACCCCCCAAUGCCAGUUGCAAUCGGUGGUGCGGUCUGUGGUCCCCAAGUGCCUGGAACAGGACGUCCAAAGAUGUGGUUCAUGAUUGCCGAUUUGAAUCCAUGCCCUACCGGUCAAUGUUGCUCUAGAAAGGGUCAAUGCGGUACUGGUGAGAACUUCUGUGGCAAAUCUGCACUCGCUGUGCCAGCUCCACCUGCAGGCUGGGAUGGAAAACCAGUCAACAAAGCUGCCUCUGUCAAUCAAGCUACAUCUGUGAAAGCUAACUCUGCAACAAAAGCUACAUCAACCGCCUCUAAAGCUAAAGUUAUAUCCGUGAAAACAACGCCUAAAGCCAAAGCUGCACCUACAACUAAAGCUACAUCAAUUGCAUCUGGAGAUAAAGCUAAAGCAGUGAAAACAAAAUCAGCAACUAAAGCUACAUCUACUGCAUCUGAAGACAAAGCUACAUCCGGGAGAACAACACCUGUAGCUGAAGCGACAUCUGGGAUUUCAAAACCUGAAGCUGAAGCUGCACCAAAAGCUGAAUCUACAUCCACGAAACCCGCUGUACCCUUGAUAGCUAAAUCUCUGUCGGAACCAAACAAGGAUCCACAUUUCUUCACGACAGAUGUACCUUUCGAUGAUAUACCCAUUACGUUUUACCACGCUCCGACGACCGCGGCUGCAUCUAUGUCUAUUGUUCUACCCGGCUCCGACUUUCCAUCGUGGAAGGUGAUGAAACAUUUCAUGGACGAGAUUAAAGGUGAUGGUAGCAAGGUUACGGCCACCACAAAAGGCAGUACUACCAAGGUCACGUCUACAACAAGCAAGACUCCAAGCAUGACUACAAGGAUGAACACAAGCAAGACUACGGCCAAGGCUACCAUCGCGGAAACCAAAAGCGAAACCAAAACCAAAACCAAAAACAACGUAACAAAAACCGUAAACGGUAUCGCCACCGUACCCACCGGUUGGGAGCUGAGGAUGUGGGAUAAGAAAGGUUGCACUGGCGACUAUGUGAUCCUCCAAGGUCAUAACAAAAAUCAGUGGGACGGUAACUGCGAUCAGUUCGGCAAAGACAUUAUGGGUCGCCAGACUGAUCCUGCAUCGUCCGCCUCAGUCCAUUCUCUCGACGAUGUUCCACCUCCAUACACCGACCUGGAACCCAUUUUUGCCCCUGUCCAACCUGUCCAGCCUGCCCAACCUGCCCAACCUCCCACGAGCAUCCGACCCCUGUGUCUAGCCACCUCGGCCUAUGUUCUCCCCGGCAGCAAGAAUGUCAAACCCGACGACAAGGUCUCCUUCACCACCGAACCAGCGCUCUCGAGCGACUGCAACGAGCUCUACAAUGUCAUCCGCCAACAAAUAAAACUGCCACCACGCCCACUACUCUACGUCCACGGCACUCACACCGAAACGAGCAAUGACAAAAAGAGCAAGAACAACACCAACACCGUCACAGACUUCCACUUCAAGCUGGAUCUGGCCGAGACGAUGUUGACCGGUUGGGAGGGCGGAUACACAGACACAAUGUGGAGGAAAAUCGAAAUCCUCUCAGACGAGGACCCCAAAAAGGCGUAUCGGGGAGGAAUCCUCCGCUCGGACACGUACAAGCCGCCCAAGUCGCGUCCUGCUAUCAGUCUCGGUGGGGACGACGAUCCCCUCCUAUCUCAGGACGACAACGAUGAUCACCGCUUUCCAGACGCGAAAAACCUCAGGAUGUGGUGUGAGCGAUUCUGCCGCGACCCCGCUUCUCUGAAAUCGUUCACUCUACACCGCCAAGUCACCGGCUUCGACUCCGAUGCUAUGGGCAACAUCCUAGACUCCCACAUCCGCGAGCUCAACUACCGCGGCUCCGUAUCUUUCACCUUCUCUAUCGCCCAUCGCUCCGUCACAAUCUACUCCCCGCACUGGAUCAACCGGCUCCGCCAUAACAACUUUGUCUGGUGGGUUGUCGUCCUUCUCCAGCUGUGGAUUAUCACUUGGCCGAUUAUCUUUUUGAUGGAGAAGAGAUAUGAAGUCGUCCAUACGCGCUGGCAUUCGUCGCUUAUGGAGUCGUCUGACUCCCCACUGAUUAAGUGGUACGCGCUUAAUCGCGAUGAGUCUUCUCUGGCGGAGUACUGGGCACCGGCUGUUAAACAGGCGGCGUGGACACGGCGACAUGGUGAAGGUGAUCUUUUGACGAGGAUGGAUGCGGAUCGAUUGCAGGGUCAAACGACGGCGCAGCUGCUUGGUCUUCGUGCUGUUACGUCGGGUACUGAGCUUGAUCGUCGGCAGCGGGUUAAUAGUGGUGAGGCUGGGUUUGUUGAUAAUCUUGUAGGUCUGGUGAGAGGGGUUGGAGAAGUUGUGGAGGAUUGGAGGCUUUCCAAUGGAUGGGGUGCUAACUCUUAA